UCCCCGGACACAGCAGGUAUUCGGGAUCAGCAUCUCCCGCAGAAACCAAAGAGGCUAAGCAAACAAAAAGGAUGGACACCAUUGGCAUGGCGACGGCGAUGGAGAAGACCACCAGAUUCGACGACCUCCCGGUGGGCUGCGUGGCGCACGUGCUGGCGCUCACCUCCCCUCGCGACAUCUGCCGCUGCGCUGCCGUGUCACCGUCCUUCCGCGACGCCGCCGAGUCCGACACCGUCUGGGAGCGCUUCCUCCCGGCGGACUACCUCGCCAUCCUCCUGCGCUCCGGCUCCGGCCGCUCGCCAUCGCCGUCUUCUAAGAAGGAGGCCUACCUACGCCUCUCCGACAGCGGCGUCCUGGUCAUCGACAGCAGCGACACGGCGGUGUGGCUGGCGAGGGGGAGCGGGGCCAAGUGCGUGGCGCUGCCGGCAAGGAAGCUGAGCCUGCCGUGGGACGACGGCGAGUUCAGCUGGAGAUGGACGCCUCACCCGCUCUCCAGGUUCCCGGAGGUGGCGCAGCUGGUGGGCUGCACGGGCCUGGACAUCUACGGCCGGCUCCCGGCAUCGGCGCUGACGCCGGCCACCGACUACGCGGCUUACCUGGUGUUCGGCGUGGCCGACGAAGGCCACCGCGGCCUGAGCUUCCCGGACCAGGAGACGACGGUGGCGGUCGGAGGCCGUGCGGCCUCCAGCCACUCCGUGUGCCUCUGUCCGGACGAGGGGGAGGCACGCAAGUUCAGGGGCGUGGCUCACGCGGACGGCGUGAGGCGGCCGGAGCGACGGGACGACGGAUGGUCGGAGAUGGAGAUGGGGCGGCUGCGUGUGGAUGAGACCGUGGCGGCCGAGGAGGAGGUGGUGGUCAGCUUCGAGGUGCUGGGGUGGUACCCCAAGCGCGGGCUCGUCGUCGAGGCCGUCGAGUUUAGGCCACUCUGAUGAUCUGAUCACUAGUAGACAACAGGUCUUUUGUUCCGGGUGGUUAGGGCCUUUUGUCGCGGGCGGCCAGCCGCGACAACAGAGGCGC